AUGAGGCUGGGGCAUGCAUGGUUGGCCGUCGCAACGGCAUUCACUCUUGUAGAAGCUGAUCGUGGACCGUAUUUCCAGUCGAGUCGCUUUGAAAAUGGGGACCUUGGACAAUGGCCGAUGGAGUCCUAUCGUUCGACUGCUCUGAUGGGCCCCUUAUUGAACUACGUGAAGUCCAAUCCUCAAUGCAAGGAUGGGCAGUACACGCUGAUUGCGCCCCGAGGAAUGGCGGUGCCAAAUCCGGGGCCCAUGAUCAUCGAUCAGGAUGGUCACCUGGUGUGGACCAAACACUACGGGCAGACGUACAACGUGAAUGUAUACAGUUACAAGGGCCAGGACUAUCUCACGUUCUGGGUCGGUAACGAUGGGAUCGUUGGUCAUGGGGACGGGACAUACUACAUGCUAGAUUCGGCCUACGAAGAGGCCUAUACGGUCCGGGGAGCCAACGGCCUGCUUGCAGACCUCCACGAGUUCCACAUCACCAGCGAUGAAACCGCCCUCUUCACCGUCUACGACGUCGUCCCGGCAGAUCUACGGUCUGCAGGCGGGCCAGAAAAGGGCUGGAUAUGGGACGGCACAUUCCAAGAGGUCGACAUCGAGACCGGCCAGCUGCUUUUCCAGUGGCGUGCAUCCCAACACUUCAACCUCACCGACGGCUACCGCGGCCGCGAAGACACCGGCGACUCCCAAGACCGCCCCUGGGACUUCUUCCACAUCAACAGCGUCGACAAGGACGCGACGGGCAACUUUCUCGUCUCCUCGCGCUACAUGAGCUGUCUCACGUACAUCGACGGCCGCACAGGCAAGAUCAUCUGGCGCCUCGGCGGCAAGCACAACGACUUCCAAGACCUCUCCGCCGGCGCCGCCACAAACUUCACCUGGCAGCACCACGCCCGCUUCCGCGACAACGGCUCGGCCAUCACGCUCUUCGACAACGCUUCCCGCGGCGAGGGCGCCUCGGACCUCACCAGCCGAGGCCUCUACCUCGACCUCGACACGCAGCAAAUGACCGUCCGCGUCCGACACGAGUACUGGAACCCGCACCCCAUCAGCAGCCAGUCCCAGGGGUCCGUCCAGCUCCUCGACAGCGGCAACGUCCUGCUCGGCUACGGCUCCAACGCCGCAUGGACAGAGUACACCGUCUCCGGCGACGUCCUCUGCCACGUCCACUUCGGCCCGCAAUCCGCCUUCGGCGCAGGCAAUGUCCUCUCCUACCGCGUCUUCAAACACGCCUGGACCGGCCGCCCGCGCACGAACCCGGAUCUCUCCCUGUACCGCUACGAAGCAGCCGUCAGCUGGAACGGAGCGACAGAUGUCGCGACAUGGGUCCUUCAGGGCUCGGACACGCGUGACCCCAACGACGAGGAGUCAAUCACCUUCCUCACCGCAGUUCCCAAAUCCGGCUUCGAGACUAUCAUCCCCAUCCCCGCGCAAACAUCCCAAGACUACCUGCGUGUCCUUGGCCUCAAUGCUACAGGUCAGAUCCUCGGCGCGACCGCAUGGCUGCACUGGGACCCGGCGUCUGAGGAAGUGCUCCUCGGCCCGGGGGACAGCGACGCUGACGAUGCCGCGUCCUCGAUCGAUGUGCGUGCGUUCCUGUUCUUCGCUGUGGGGUUCGCGUCUGCCGUUCUUCUAGCCGUGUGUGCGUGGUUUGUCCGGCGAUGGUUUGCGGCGCGAGCUGCUGGCCGGAAACGAGGCGGAUGGAAGCCCGUUGAUGAGUCCGAUGGGGAUGAGCAUGAUCUUAGCGAGAGGGAGUUUGAGGGCGUUGAGUUUUCGCUGUUGGGGCAUAAGCGAUUGUCGCGUUCGACUUUGAGUGGGGAGUUUGAUGAUGAUGAUUGA